UAUGGGUAGGAUGGGAAAGCUCUUUCCUAUGGGAAGUGCCAGGCUCUAAAAAGCCCCAAAGGGGAUCCCGAAAGAGUUGCUUUCUGGUGCUGUGCAGCUUGCCUCAAGACGCUGUGGUGGUGCUGUGGGGCUGCUAUGCAAAGUGGGUGAGGAAUGCCCCAACUUCAGGGCUCCCCAAUCCCUGCAGGGUCUCCCGGUGCUGCCAUGGAGGGGUCUUCAGUGCUCAGCCCCUCCUCAUGGCAGAAACGGCGCGCCUGGGCCCGGCAGAGCCGCUGCUGGAGGACCACAGUGGUGGAGGAGGAGGCGGCUGCAGCCAUGCAGGACAUCCCAGAGCUGCAGUCACCCCACCUGGACGACGUCUUCCUCGAAGGAAGCUCCUCCAGCAAGAUAGAGACGUGGCUGCAGGACUGCGGGUCGUCCUUGGAGGCGCUGCCAGAGGAGCUGUGCUCACUGGGUCCCUACGGCUGUGGGAGCAGCAGCACCAGCUUUGAGGACGACCUGACGCUGGGAGCUGAAGCUCUUCUGCUACCAGGCAACGAUCAAACCUUCGGCAGGGCUCUGCAGGGCGGACGCCUCAGCCUGGGGCACAGCAUGGCAUCCAGCGCGCCCUCGGGCCUCACCAACCGGACCGGCUCCAG